AUGAAAGGUUGUUAUAAUGAGGAGCUCACAGAAGGUACAGAGCGGUCCGUAAAAGGUGACUUUAAGAUUGACAGGAUCGAGAAAAAACUCACUUUAUAUGGCUUCGGUGAGGCGGCCGAUCAAUCAAAGGAAUUGUUUAUACUCGGCGCCUUGUACGUUCAGACUCGUUUAGUUUGGCUCCGUGUAUUCGUCGUGGUAGACGCCACUACCCCCCCUCCCUCCCCUCACUAUGUUCCCUUGUCUCCUCCUGUACGUGUUCUUCAUGAGACAGCCCACUUACAUCCAGAGUUCGUGCUGUUGUAUGGCAUAUCACGAGUGUUAUCACUUACGCACGCUCGGCCCGGACCGAUGAGGUCUCUGGAGAGACGAUCAAACAUAAAGCAGAACGGAUUACAGACGCUGGUCUCCGGAGAGAGGCUCUGGUUAAGAUAA